CAGCGCUGGACUUUUCGCACGCAUCUCAUCCGCAAUUCGCUGCAGCAGGGCUGGAUGCCGAGUCUGGAGCAAGUCAGAUCUCUAGUCCGCAAAUGGAGGAACCAACUUCAGCUGGCGUUGCAAUUUCGGCGCCAAUGAGAACGAAAAUCCGCAAGAUAACAAACGAAGACAUCGACUCUGGGCUGUAUGUGCCCUUGCGAGUUCAUGAAGCAUCCGUCGAGUCCUCAAUAUACGUUCCGAACCCUGCUAAUCGCGUUGGCGUGUGCCUGACAGUAAAUCUGCAUGAGGAGUUUGUCGCAACGGAGGCAGAGAUGUCAAAGAUCAAAAAGGAGGAAGAACAAGAAGUGGGGACGCAAGUUGCUAAAGAAUCGCGUGGCACUAGUAACAACAACAAGUCGAAGAAAAAAGCGAAGGAUGCAGAAGAAGACGAGGAGCAGGCGAACGGCAGCACGACCAAGCAAUCUCACACAAAAGCAGCAGUAAAAGCAAAGAUUUGGGAAGGCGCAAGCGUGGCUUCAUCUGCUAAGGCAACUCGGGGCAAUAUGACUGAUGGCGAAUGCCAUUUCUUCAAACCCGACAAGGAAAAGAAAACUACUGCAUCCGCGAAAGCGGGAUCUUCUUCUAGCACAAAUGCGCCCACAACUUCAACGAGCGUGCCAGCGUCUUCUGCGGGUGAAAAAAGAGAUGCGUCUGCUUUUACUUGUGCCGGAAGUUCACCAAACAGCAGGGGGACACCUGAUCAUUCUUCAACAGCGGCGGCCAUAUCAACUUCUGCGAAGACUACGCUGCUAUCAGGUGCUGCGGUAGCUCGCUUGCCACCAAUUCCAGAAGAGGACGAGGAGGCUCCAAGUGAGAAUAACGGCAAAGCCGCAGUAGACAACUUUCCAGAAGAACUCAACGACACAGCCCAGAACCGAGCUGCUGCACCAGGCCGACAGCAGUUGCGAAAGGCUGGAUCACGUCGCAAGUCCUUGCCUCGCAUUCCGCUGUUUGCUCUGAGCUGCGAUGAUCAUCGGUAUUUCAUGAUCCCUGAUCCCGAAUGCAAGCUGUUCCGGCGGUACCGCAAAGCCGUCAAAACGGCAGGGAAGGAGCUCUUCAUGCUGCUCAAGCGCAAAGAUUUGGGGCUGCAAAAAGCAACAGCACGAUUCGGCCAAGCUGAGGCCGCCGCGAUGUUACGUGCGUGGGGCGCUCGCAACAGUUUCAUCACAGAAAACUUCGACGAUCAAGGGCCUAGUAGUCGAACCUCCCCAGAAGAUGAAAAGGAGACUCAAGACAAAUACAAAGAGCACACUCAGCCCUACAUCAGCGCGAUGUGCGUUCUUGGUCUUACUUCGAACGAGAAGCAGGGGUACGUUCAGACCCUUAGGCGUACGGACUUGCAGUGGAUCAAGCCACCAGCAUCCAGCACAGCUACAGCAGCAGAAGGCACCGCGGGCGCUGUCGGGUCUAGUUCCAGUAGCAGCAGCUGCAGCGCAGCGAAAGACACGAACUCGAAGAAGCGGGCGCGACCUGUGUAUGCACAGAAACCAGUCGGGCCAAGCGAUGACGAAAGUGAUUGCGCUUCUGAUGCUGCGAUAGUAGAUAAUAUGCUGGGGAUUAAUGAGGACUCGGCCAGUGAAUAGACUGAAACUGCACUAGCGCGGGGCCGUGCUUUGGUAGAAGAAGAGCCAUGAGGGGACUGCCAUGGAGAUAGCAGCAUCAUAGGGCGUGCUUUGAAAAGUUCUACUGCACCGAGUUUCCAUCUUAGGCUUUCGCUUGAUUUUUAUACUUCUUUUUGAUCUCAGUCUUCACGUUCAUUUUCAUGUUCAGAAUGAUCCUCAGGAGUUCAAGAAUUGGUCCAGAGUCGACCUCUAUAUUAUGGUUUUAUAUUUUGCUCAUUUCGAAGCGUUCACACGACUAGUAUCUUGAUUUCAAGUUGAUAAUAUAGACAAAAUAUAAAACAAAAUAUAAAACAAAAUAUAGUAGACGUUUUUGAGUCCUCAAAUCAAUAGAACUUCGGUGGGGAAGCAUGUGACAUUUUUGCACAUAAGUUGAAGUCUGUAGGGUACAUGCAAACGAGCAAGUGCGCAGGCUCUCUUGCGGAAGUAUGUAGGCGUCAUGCAGCGCCAUUCUGUAGUCGACAUGCAGCGACGCACCUUAAUGUUUACAAGCUUGCAACACCAUAAGACUGGUGAUCUUUUCAAAUUAUAGCUAGUUGCACUGUAGCAAGAAGGGAAGACAGUAGGGACUUCCUUGGCGAAGUCAGGUAAAAGAGUGCCUUGCUGCAGCACAGGC